GCGCCCGCAAGCCGUGUAGAGCGCGCGUGCCGGCCCGACGAGAGAGAAGGCGGAACGAACAGAUACGAGGCAAGUGAGAGAGAGAGAGAGAGCAACGACCCGUCGCGAUUUCAGUGUCGGUUAACGCGAUCCGCAAACGCCGCCGCCACCGCCACCGGCCGAACUCGGCACCGGGAGGUAACAAGAGAGAGAGAGUGUCGCGCGAAUCGAAGAGCGCUCUCGCCAAAAUCGAACGCCAUUGAUUUCUCGCGAGAGACCACGGCCCCAAGCGACCGUGCUUCACCGACUACGAAAGCGUCGCGCGCUCGUCCACGGCACGAGGAGCACACGUUCCUCCUCCACUUCCUUCCACGCUGCUCUCUAUACUCCUCCUCCUCCUCCUUUUCUACCUCCAUCUUCUCCUCCUCCACCUUCCUCCAUCGUUCUUCGUCGCGGAUGCUGGAUAAGGCGCGCGCGCGCGCCAACGUAUGCCGACGGUGAGGUCCAGAGCGCCGCGCACGAUCUCCACGAGCCCGACAUCAUCAUCGUAGACGCAGCGUCGCGCGCGCGCUGGGCUGCUGCGCGGCACUUCGCGCCGCCGUCAUGGCAACUAGAGGAUUAUCGGCCGCUCGGCAGCCAGACGUGUAAGCCCGCUGCGUGCACAGCCAUCACGUGGUCAAAGGCGACACAUCAAUGGCCCUAGAAUCAAAUGGCAACAACGUGGUGUGGUUGAACACAGCCCGUCCUGAUCAGAUACAGCAGAGUCAAACGAUUGAGCAGCCAUUGAAGUGUUCCAUGUUUACUCAAACGGAGCAAUCUAAUAGUUUUACUCAGACAGAGCAGAGCAAUUCCAGUUACGCAGACCAGAGACAGCAGCAAGCAGCAAUGUUUGACCCUCAGCAAAUCCAGCAGCAGCAGGCUGCGCAGGGUCAGCAGUCGCAGCAGCAACAGUCUCAGCAGAUAUAUGUGACGGACAAGAAGGAGGACAAGUCUCAGCAGCAGCAGUCCGGGACCGCUGAUGGUUUCCCUUCUUUCUACUACAACGUCAACAUGCUACAAAAGGUUCAGACAAACGCGGUGAGCACAAUCAGUGCGAUCGCUGCCGACGACAAGGCUUGUUAUCGUUUCGAUGUGCAACCUGUCGGUUAUAACACAAUAUUAAACCAGAUGAGCAUUGCCGCUGCUACCAAUGCGACCUUCAAGUGUGACAUUUGCGGGCUGGUCUUCGGCCACAUGAGCCUGCUGACCCACCACAAACGGAUUCACAACUCGACGCCCAGCAAUCUGCAGCAGCCGCAGCAGCAGGUUGUGGUACAAACGCCGACGACAGUGACUGUCGCAACUACACCGGACAGACCGUACACUUGUGACGUUUGUGGGGCGUGCUUUGCAUUACCGGGAGAAUUAAAAAGUCAUAAAACAAAUAUGCAUCAGAAACCUAAGGUGCAAAUAUGUGAAGAUUGUGGCAGUGAGGACCCGUGCGAACAUCACCCGACUAAAAUUAAAAAGACUAUCAAACCUGGUCACCAUCCUGUGAAACGAAGGGGUGUCACCAGUGUCACCAAAUGUCACAAGUGCAACGGCACAGGGAUUAUUUUUAUAGGUAAACACGACGAAAAAAAUUCCGGAAUCAAUUCCCUCGCAAAGUGUGGCGGUUGCAAGGCUACAGGCCGCAUCAUCAUAGGAAGCGGCAAGCAAAACAGUCAGAAUCAGGCGGAGAAACCGUUUCAUUGUAACGUCUGUGACGGCACAUUUUCUCGAUAUUCUUCGCUCUGGUCCCAUAAGAGACUUCAUACGGGAGAUAAGCCAUUCAAAUGCGAAGUAUGUGGCUUAGCAUUCGCGAAGGCCGCCUACCUGAAGAAUCACGGACGAGUUCAUACCGGAGAGAAGCCGUUUAAGUGUAACGUUUGUGGAAUGCAGUUUUCACAAAGUCCACACUUGAAAAAUCACGAGAGAAUCCAUUCCGGGGAGCGACCGUACCAAUGUGAGGUCUGCGAAAAGACGUUCGCCAGACAUUCGACGCUGUGGAAUCAUAGAAGAAUUCACACCGGCGAGAAACCGUAUAGGUGUAAUAUCUGCGGUUCCGCCUUCAAUCAAGCCACGCAUCUCAAAAAUCAUGCGAAGGUCCACACCGGUGAAAAGCCACAUAGGUGUGAUAUUUGCGAGAUAGGAUUUUCCGAUCGUUUCGCGUUGAAACGUCACCGUGCGAUCCACGAAAAGUACGGGCAAACGGCGCGGAACCAGACCACGAAUAAUGCGACUAACGCACAACAGGCUAAUGCGAGUAGUCAGCAGCAGCAACAGCAACAACAACAACAACAACCGCAACAGGCGCAGCCAGGCCAGGUAGUUGUUGUAAACGCGGCCACUCCCGUCACCGUCAGCCAAGGCCAAGGUCAGGCAGUGAUGCUCGAAGAGGUCUACAAGUGUCAGGUGGCCUUCCCAGAGCCUAAAUGAUUCAGCUAGAGAAUACUUUUCAGGAGCUGGUAAAGAGGUUAACUUUUUUAACCCUUUUCUAAACAAAUAUUAAUCACUCAAGAAGAGCAAAAAUCACGUAUGAAUGUAUGAUACAGUUAGGUACAAACUGUGUCCGAAGAGAGAGUGUGUCUGAGAAGUGAUCGAGUGGCGCAUCUCUUUAUCUUUUUUUUUUUUCGUGUGCGACGACUCCGUUUCUGUGGAAGAGUAUAUGAUGACUAUUCGGUAAAUAACUUGGAUUUAAGAUGGAUAAAGGUAUAAGAGGAACAGAAUAAAAAGGUGAAAAAUUAAAUGGAAAAACUCUGCGACGUUACGCGAGUGGGAAAAUUUCGUGGAAUGUGUGUCCCCGGAAGAGUUCGGCUCGUAAGAUAAUCGGAAGCCUCCCAACCGCCAAGAUCAACGAAAAUCUCUUGUGAGAUAAUAGAGAAAUGUAUCUACUUUAUAUAUUUUGCCAUUCGCGGAAAGUGUGUGGACGGGGAAUUGGAUCGUCUUGCGGCAAGUCCCAUAUACAUUAAUUAACGAAUUUUCGGUGUAUAAUUAAUAUCUAUUAUAGUAUAUUAUAUACUAUAUUAUAUACUAUAUUGUAUUUCAGUACGUUAAUUACUGUAUACAGGGACAUGCAAUCUUAAUUCUUUCUUAUUUGUAAUCAUCGAUUUUGUUCGUGUAAACGAGUUUGCUGAAACAUCCUGGCUGACGAUAUAUCGCGACGUGUGCAAUAGUUGCAAAAGAUUUUACUAUUAGACCGACAAAGUGUACUUUCUGUCAUGUGUAAUAAUGACGAAUUGCGGCGGCGUGUGUUUUUGAGUACAAGUAUGAAAUAUUGAGUAUUUCAAUGAUUACUCUCGAAGCAGUAUUGUUAGAUGAAUUCCCAUUUCGCGCAUGCGCAUCGAAAGUAUCAGAAAGUACAGAAAUGACGCGAUCAAAACAUGAAUAAGAAAGGCUGUCCACUAUUCUCGUAUGAAUUUUGAGACGCGAGUCUGCCUUGUUCAGCAGACAAAUUUUCCCGAGUGUCGCUAGAGGAUAAGUAAAUCGAUUCUGUGGUGAUUCUUAUCAACUUUUCUCAAAUUUGUAAAUAACUUUUUAGAAAGAUCCAAACAGGGGCCACGCGCACAACACCUUCAAACAAUCGAAUUACGUACUCUACUGAUGUCGCAUUCAUGUCGCAUUCAAUGCGCAUGCCCCAAAUGAGGUGGGAGGGGACUCGUCUAACAGCGCUGACUCGCUGAGAUAUACGUUGCACUCUUCCAGUCGUAAAGCGAGAGAGAAAACGAAAGAAACGACAAUGCCCAAACCUCGGCCCUUUCUCGAUGUCAAAGUGGGGGAAUAAGCCUCGAAAAGUUUAUCUUGUUAGAAUUCUCAUUUCAUUUCGAUCGCAAUUAUCUCAUCUGUGAACAGGUGCACGCGACAUGCGUUGACAGUCCGAUGAACGGAGAAUUUCGAAUAGCGCCUUGGGGAGAAGCGCGAAGCGGAACGAUCAGUGCGAGCCCUCUUCCGUCCAGUCAUUCGGGAAUAGAAAAGCGUUGCAUUACCGAGAUGACGACAGCGACUGCGAUAACGACAACACGAAUAUGGGUAUUUUUUAAGUAUCAAAAUACCUACAACUCGCUGAAGCUGCAAUAAUAAUGAACGAAUAUCGUUGGGUAGGCUAUCUGUUUUAUAAUUUUAAGAGACCGUGAGCUAUAUAUAAAUAUAUCAAUUAAAGCAUAGUUGCUAGUUUAUAACGACAAGUAGCCGACUAGAUAUUAUCUAUACAUAUUAAUGUGGAUAUACGUAUAUGUGUUUAUGUACACACACCACAUAUAUACAUAUACGCGCAUACGUAUACACACAUAUAUUAAUUUUUAUAUCCCCACUUGUUAAAGCGAUUCCGCACCGUCGCUACUUUUAAGUACCGGGAAUCACCAAACAGAUAGUUUGUACAUCAAACGGCUCCAUACACCUACGAUUGGUGGCUUGCAGUGUGCGGUAAUGUCAGAACAAAUCCGACAUAUCGCUUUUGAAGUUAUUAUUUGGACAUGCUCCCUUUCGAGCACCGAUAGAGGUAGAUUUUGUGCAACCGUUUCCGCGUUAUUCAGACCACAUUUCUUUUUAUCGUUAUUUAAUUCUUUUUGCACCUUUACCAGCAACCACCUUUACUUCUUAACGAGUGAAAUAUCGUGUAGAACACUGUGUCCCUUUCUCGUUUUUUUUUUUCCUUUUUUUCCGUAUAAUUUUAGAGGAGGUUUUAUUUGAAAUUGUGCGCGCAAAAGAGCCAGACGAACGCGACUUGAGGAUGUCCGAGGCAAUUCUUUUUGUACACAAGAGAGAUAGAUUUAUUGUAUGUACUCACGCGGGGGGGGGGAGGGAGAGAGGGUACUAUGAGAUACGCAAUUAUACUCGUCAAUAUGCGACACCAAGUCAAUUCUACGCGAUCGUCAGUGAGCUCGCUCGAGGUCUUAUACGGAAUCCGAAAUUGGGGAUUUCUUUGUUUUACUAAUCGCAACAUGUAAAAUAAAGGUACACAAUCAUAUAAUUUUACUUUUAUAUGAUCAUAAUACCUGUUACAGUAUUUUCGAUUAGAAUAGAAAGCUUAUGAUGAAUUUCUCGUUCCCGUAAGAUCGGCCGGUCUUUUACACACGGGAUUAGGCUAGCAUUAUCUAAGCCGUGACUCCGAGAACCAGUUGAAGCGCAUUUGUCGCCACUUUGUAUCUUCAUCAUCGCUUGGCACUUUCGUGAAACGAAACUGCGCGUGAAAGCUACCGAGAAUUCAACUCACACAAACUCUGACUCUGCACAACGAGGCACGGGGUCGAUCGUGAAGAAACAAGUGAUACCGUGACGAUUAAUGCGUUAUCAACAGCCGUAACUGGCACGAGUCACCGGUUAGAUACACCUAAGUUAAAGUACGCAUCAUAGUCAGCACAUAACGCAGCAUCUCGUAAGUUUUAUCACAGAACGGCAAUACUUUGUUCUCUCCUUUCGCGUUUUGCGAAGGGGAAUUUCUGUAUCUCGUUGCAGACAGCGAAACGAAUUUUGCGUUGUUGAUCGGAACACAGUGAUAACACUAAAGGAUCAUUGAUGUCGUUAUUUCGCACUUCUUUUGCGGAAGCAACGUCGGACUCUCUCGAAUUUUCUUUUUUCUCCCUCCGUAAGCGUCCACUUGAAAAGAGAAACCCUCAUCCUAAUAGAUAGUUUUAUUUAGAACAGGAAACAUUACGUCAGUAUUGUGUAUAUUCGCUAGAAUAAACGCGGAUAGGUCGUUUCUAAUGCGUAGACAGUAUUGCUACAGUCGUUACACCUCAUUCUCGACAGAAUGAUUUACGGAUCUUAGAGACUAAUGACGUAUAGGGUGACAAUAAAAGCGACUUUCGUACGUUUCACAAUCACCUUGUAUUCUCGUGUAAAGUAGAGAAUUAUCUGCGAUGUGUGUUGUCGUGCGGCGCGUGCACUUUAUAUGUAGUUACUAAUCCUUAUUUCACGCGCGUCCACGUGCAGGGGUUGUUUUCCAGAGUAUCCCUGAUUUCUCCCCACUCGUCGACCCGUCGAUUCUGUAUAAUCAGCUCUGUUCAGAAGAGAAAAAUCUUUCCGCACUCGAAUGUCUAACAAGUAUAUUUAAUAAUUCAUUUGUAUACCUUGCAUUUUUUUCCUGCACGUUAUAUUUUAGUUAUGUUACUCUUCACACGACACAUCCCGAAAAUUCGACCGAACCGUGGCAGUUUGAUUUUCCUUCUUUUAUGACAAUUGACACAUCGCGGGCACUGCGAAUUUCGCUGUACUCUUCCACGAGUCCUUCAUAUCCCCGCACUAUUCGCCAAACGAACGAUUUUCGCGAGCUCUAUCCCUCAGGUGUACAGUACAUAUUUCACACGCCAUAUACAUAACGUUAAUAAUUACUUAUGUGAGUAUGGAGUUCGUUUCCCUGUUUUUAUUGUGUAUUGUAGAGUCGAUGAAGUUUCUUAUACAAUUACAAGUCGCAUCCAUGUACACGGCAGAGUAAGUGUACCUAAUAUCAAACGUUCAAUCCACAAGCAGACAUAAUAAGGGCGUAUAAAUGCCACCAUUAUAAAAAGAAAGAGAGAUUAAUACUUCAAUUGAAUGAUUCUGAAGCUCUUUAAUUAAAAUCUAAAAAUACAAAUAGACAAUAAGAGUCAAGUACCGGUCUAAUGUACACAUAAAAAAAGAUGCACACGCAGGUUCGUGAAAAUGACCGCAGUAACCGUCGAAACGUCUCAAUGUGCAAUCUAUAUCUGCGUGUACAUUUGACAUACAGGGUGUCCCGCGAGGAAAUCGACAAACUUCUAUAUUUUCUAGAGGUCGUUCUGAACCAAAAAGUUACACAUAUGUAUUAUAAAUCACUAUAGUGUAUCAAUUCGACUUAGUAGUCGAGAUAUAAAAGACUUAAUUCGCAUUGAAUUUGGUGAAAUUAAUUGGCAGCGGUCUAUGAUACGAGUAGCAGCAUGUUUGCAAACAGAAAAGAUUUGGAGAUUUUGAACAAUUGAUAUAAUUAAGAGAAUUAUAUAUAUAUAUAUAUAUAUAUAUAUAUAUAUAUAUAUAUAUUUAUUUAUUUAUAUGAAAAUUAUAAAUGUCUGAUAUUUUUUGUCUCUGUUGCAAUGUUGAUGAAAUUCUUUAUAUCUCGAGCCGAAUUGACGACGAAUAGUGUACAUGAACAUUUUUGCUUAGAAUGUUCUCUAGGAUACGUUAUAGAAGUUUCUUCGCAGGAUAUCCUAUAUAUAUUAAACAAAUUAUAUUUAAUAUAUGAUAUAUUGAUAAUAUGUGUAUAUUAUAUAUAAUUAGAGCACACACACGUAUAUAUGUAUUUAUGUAUAUGCUCGUUAGAUCAGCACUUGGCUCUCAUUGUCUUAUUGUCCACUGGUUACGAUUUUUUGAGAACAAUACUCCCGAAUCGAACAAGAGGGCUCUAAUUAUCGCCGCGGAAUAACAUAUGAGGAAAGAUAUACUCGAAGGCUUAUACUGAACGAAAACUCGUCUCGGCGACCGAUAGCGAUAAUACAAACUAUCCUCGACGACACAUUCUCAAUGAAUAUCUCUCAUAAAACAUAUUUUUGAGAAAAGCCUCUAUUUUGAUUACGUCACUAUCUCUAUCGAAACUGUGAUCCGACGGUCAAAUUUGCAAGCGCGGUGGCACACACACAUACACUCACACACGUACACACGGCUUAAUUAAGGUAUCUCUCAUCAAAACUUAAGAUAAAUACUCCUAAAAGCGCUCUCCCUGCGUUAACGCGCACACGCGCGCGCAUACGAGCCCUUUUUUUUCGAGGAAAAUUUUGUACACAGCGUCAAAAGAAGAAGCUCCUGAUCAAGGGACUGACCGAGGACUGUUGUUAGCAAGUCGGAUAAUGGCCGGAAAGGCGAAGUAUGCGAGCGUGAUUGCAAAAAGUAUCGAGCGCGUCAGUAAUUCUAAGCAGUUUGUCGAGAAUUGCUGCGGGGCGGGUCGCGCCGCGUUCGAGCACAAUCGUUCGAGUGCUUUUUCCUCCUUCUGAACGCGAUCGCCCUCUCGGGAGGAUCGAUUCGUCCGGACUUGAGUAUCCUCCGGUUUGCAAAAAAAAAAAAAAA